AUGAUUAACGUGUGCUGCAGAGCGAUCGCGCAAUUGCGCGCGUGCCGGCCCAUCCCAGAACCCCAAGUCCGUGAACUCUGCUACAAGGCGCGCGAGAUCCUAAUCGAAGAGGGCAACGUCGUUUCGGUACACGCUCCUGUCACGAUAUGCGGCGAUAUCCACGGUCAAUUCCACGAUUUGAUGGAACUGUUCCGUGUGGGUGGUGAUGUCCCAGAUACAAAUUAUCUAUUCAUGGGAGAUUUUGUCGAUCGAGGAUUCUACUCACUCGAGUCGUUUCUUCUGCUUCUCUGCUUGAAAGUACGAUAUCCAGAUCGGAUCACUCUCAUCCGGGGAAACCAUGAAUCAAGACAGAUCACUACCGUCUACGGGUUCUACGACGAAUGUAUUAGGAAAUACGGCAGUGCCAACGUCUGGCGAUAUUGUUGUGAGGUCUUCGACUAUCUGGCCCUAGGUGCGUUAGUGUUGGGCGCAACGACGGAUGUACCUCCUGCUGCAUCGGACAACGAGAACACGCAGUCGACGCUGCCGCCGGAAGACGAAGAGGUCGAAUCCGAGGUGCUCAACGCUAACGGCGACAUCCUGAGCAAGACUCUUCGGCGGCGAUUUGCAGGCUUAUCAAUGAUGUCGCACCACACCAAUUCAUCACGAAUAUCUCCGGCCCCAGACGUCGAUGUACCUUCACCCCCAGAUCAUCCCGCAUCAAGUUUGCCGUUACAGUCUUCACCAUCAUCACAAUCCCUCUUCACACCUCCUACAUCGACGACUGGUGCUGUCCUGUGCGUUCACGGCGGUCUUUCUCCGCUGAUUGAGACGGUAGACAAGAUCAGGCUCAUUGACCGGAAACAAGAGGUUCCUCACGAAGGCGCUAUGUGCGAUCUGUUGUGGUCCGACCCAGAUGAGAUCGAAGGCUGGGGCUUGUCUCCUCGGGGAGCCGGAUUUUUGUUCGGAGCCGACAUUGUGCGCCAUUUCAACCACAAUAACGACCUGUCGCUGGUCGCGCGGGCCCACCAGCUCGUCAUGGAAGGGUACAAGGAAAUGUUUGACAAGACAAUAGUCACGGUCUGGUCCGCGCCCAACUACUGCUACCGAUGUGGUAACGUGGCUGCCAUCCUCGAGCUCGGCGAGGAUGGUAGUAAUGGCGGAUGUAUUGCUCGAGCCAACGGUGACCAGGGUCGAAGGGAACCUGUCGGCACCGAUGGGUCGGAAGGUGGCUCAGGUGUUCUUUGGAACCUGGCCUCGCCGGGUCGGCGGUAUAGAGUCUUUGAGGCGGCGCCUCAGGGGACCAGGGGUAUGCCGGCCAAAAAGCCGGUGGGGGAGUACUUUUUGUAA